AGGGACGCUGGCUGUCGAAAGAGCGACUGAGGCAAAACAGACAAAGUAUUUCCGAUUGAUAUGGCGGUGACAAGCAGUUGCAUGGCAUGGGCGACCAUACUCUUGUGGCAUUACAUCCUCAGCACCACUACCGGUAGUAGCAGUGUUUCUUCCUGUUUGUUUCCUUGCGCACCUCCCAUCCCCUCCUAACCAAGUAGUCUAGAAUGAGCAAUAAGGCAGAUCUCUCGUCCCACCAUGUCGAAGACCAAGGAGCGGAAGACGACGACCUAGAUCUGCUACGGGAGAUUGUCGAGAUCAGGCUGGAACAACACCGGCCUGGCAAAAAAGAUACCCUGACGGAGUUGCAAUCACCAGCAGAGACUGAUGAUAAGAAAGCUCAUCCGCAAAUGCCACCAAGGAGCAAGGAUGAGAAAGUACACCCGGCAGAUGAAAACAAGAAGACAGAUGAAAUACUCGCAAAUGUAAGCCCUCGUCGCCAAGAUUGUUCGAGCAGUCAGCUAUUACGCACCAAGGGACAAGAAAUGCAAUCUGAAGACGAUUGUCAAAACGCUACAGAGGACUACCUGGAUCUGGAAGCCGGUCGUCUAGAACAAAAGCUGUUCUCGACUGGUGCCGUCAUGGAAAGCGUGCCAGGAGCAUUUGCAGAAGGACCACAACUGUCGAGCUCCAAUGCGGAUGGCGCAGAUACCGGUAUUGCGUCUUCCGCAGAAGCUAACCCUACUGUCGAGCAGCGCCGCCAAACCGUCACUAUGGAUGGAGACCAUCCAUUUCUUGAGGCUACCCCCGUGUUGGACGACUAUGAUGCUGCCAACAUUAUGGAAGAAGCCCAGCCUGUGGAUAUGGAAGCUAGACGGAAACAUGAACGGGAGUUGCAGGGAAAGCAACGUUUUCGGAAAAUUGCCCUAUCUAUAUUGAUUGCUGCGGGAAUGGUAGUCAUUGUUGGUUUUCUUGCCGGCCUCUUCCUGGGUCGGCGAGACAACAACAGUGGUGCACCCGUGCUAGUAGUGUUUGUGGACACAAUGUCGCCCACGGCAGUGUGAUAACACUAUUCUCAAUAAAAUAACCUGCUGCAUUUCCCUACAGUAACAGUACCUA